GCGGCGCGAGGAGCAGGCGGGCCCGGAUGGCGGCGGCGAGGGGCUCCUGAGCGGGCCGGGGCCAUGAGCGCCGCCCGGCCCCAGUUCAGCAUCGAUGACGCCUUCGAGCUGUCCUUGGAGGACGCGGGCCCGGGGCCCGAAUUCAGCGGGGUCGCCCGCUUCGGGCCGCUGCACUUCGAGCGCCGGGCCCGGUUCGAGGUGGCCGACGAGGACAAGCAGUCCCGGCUGCGCUACCAGAACCUGGAGAACGAUGAGGACGGAGCCCAGGCCUCUCCGGAGCCGGAUGGGGGAGUCAGCACCAGGUCAGGGCCAGGUCACCUGUCCUGCAGGAAUCCCUAGCUUGACUCCCCAGCCUUUCUCCACCUUCAGUCCUGCAGAGACCCCAGACCUUGAAUUCCUCAUCACCCCGUCCCCUCUCAGUGCCUCCAUCCCAGAGGAACACGCAGCCGUAGUCCCUGCACCAUCCCCCACCACCCCUUCCUUGCUUCCCCGCCUCUCACUGGGCCCAAAUGGGCUGCAGGGAUUCCAGCCGAACGUCCAUCCGCAGCUCCCAGUGGUCCUUCAGCACCGUCAGCAACACCACCCAGCGCUCCUACCACGCCUGCUGCAGCUGGACUCAGCACCCUUUGAUCCAGAAGAACCGCCGGGUAGUGCUGGCCUCCUUCCUGCUCCUGCUGCUAGGGCUGGGGAGCAGAAGAGUAACCACUCUGCCAUUUAUUCUUUGUCUGCUUGGAGCCAGGUGCAGCGUAGGCUUAUUUCCCCCCUUAUGGAAGUCACAGUGCUGAUCCUGAUCGCCGUGGGACUGGAGGUGGCCCCCUCGCCAGGUGUCUCCAGCGCCAUCUUCUUCGUGCCGGGCUUCCUGUUGUUGGUUCCGGGAGUCUACCACGUGAUCUUCAUCUACUGCGCGGUCAAGGGCCACCGGGGCUUUCAGUUCUUCUACCUGCCCUACUUCGAGAAGUGAACCGCGGGCGGGCAGCCGGGAUCCAGCCUCGUCUCCCAGCGGCCCCACGAGGCGCUCCUCGGGUCCGCUCCUGCUCCCUCAUCUCCAGGGAAGAA